AGCUCAUACACGGCCCAUUGUUUGAGAGCCGUGGAGACACACGCUUUAUUUAUUGUGCUCGCUGUACUUUUAACCGUCCUGUCAGAAGCGCGAAAACGUGCACGCGCCGACCAACACAGUUCUCCAGGCGGCGCUAUCGGUCUAUUUUCAACUAAAAAGUUCAUUAAUAUCUUCUCUGCGUCUUCCAAACCUGAAAUAACGUCUGUACGCGUCGAAAUACUGAUAUUUUGAAGCAUGUUUAGUCAGAUAAGGUGUGUGUUCCAGGAGAAAGAAGUCAUACAGGGUUGAAUGAAUAGCUGAUGAUAGGAAUAUAUUCAUUUUUGGGGGGACCUUUCUGUACUUUUGGACACAGAAAGUAUUUGAAUCUGUUUUAGAUAUGCUUUAAAUCAGCUUUAUUACAGUCGUUAUGGCAAUCGAAGCUGCAGUGUCCAUUUACACCAUUUACAUUUAAAAACAAAACCUUCAGGAGACAUGGCCCAACUCAAAUUCAUACUUUCUUGAUAACUUUAGCUAUCUGUGAAAACAUGACAUGGCUGUGAGGUCUGUGCUGCUUUUCUUUUUUUAAUGAAGGCUCCGUUUAUGAUUUCACAUAACUACACGGUCUUCCUAUAAAAUAUUGCCAAACCAAGUAAUGCUAAUAAAAAAAAAACAUUUUCAAGACGUCAGGCUGUUCUUGUUUCUUCCUCUCUGCACGUUGCCUGUGGUUUGUCACUUUGUCUACAGUCAGUCAACUGUGAAAGUAUUUCUGGCUCACUUGAAGAAUGGAUAUCGUAGAAGAACCUUUAUGCUUUUAUACGGUCUAGUUUCUUCUCAGACUGGCUCGGAAACCUUGCUUAGCAGUUGUUUAGACUUUCUGAUACGCGGCGCUCUAGAGAGUCUGUCCCAGAUCAUGGAGACGACUUCCAGUGAAGACGAAGACCGAGAGCUGAUUGAGCUGGAGACUACGAGGAGACCACAUAGAGCAGUGACCUUCGACCUGGUGCAUGCAAACCAAGAAGACGUAGAAGCUCAGCGUUAUCAUGAGCCCAGACACACGAAUGCCCUGCACAGGAACAGCUGGUCCUCUUCAACCCAGAAGGUCCUGUCCUCGAUGCCCAGUCGCUCUAUCAGAUUUAAUCAGUCGGCCGCGCUCUCCCGAUCCACCCAGACACGAAGAAGACGACCUCUUAGCAUCGUGUCCAGCGCAGAGGAGGACGUCUUCAGAGGCCAGCCGGACUUCACCCAAAAUGAAGACAUGCUAAACAAACUGCAAGAUCUGCCAGCGGGCGAACGCGUGCGGGUGUUGCGUGAAAUCCCCCUCAGUGUCUCGGAGAAGCGCAAGAUCAGAAGCUGGUUUCUCAUGUGGGAUUCUGGGCUGCCUGUCUCCGCUAACAGAGCUCAGCGCUGCCAUGCGUUUGAAACUUGGUUAUUGAAGGUGUUGCGUGAUGGCUCCUGCCGUGGAGUCUCCCAGAAGAAGUCCAUACAGAUCUGGCAGGGAGUGUUUAAGACAAUCAGCGCUCACUUCGGCACAGGGAUUCUGUCCUAUUUCAUCUUCCUCAGAAAACUUUUAUAUUACAACAUCCUCCUCUUCCUCAUCACCGGCCUCUUCCUGGUCCUACCACAAAUCAUAUGUCCUCCAUCAUCCAAAAACAAACCUGCAGCCUCAGCUGACCUCUGGAUGCUUACUGGAAUGGGCAUUCUUACAAACUCUGUGAUGUUUUACGGCCACUACGUCAACUCUACACAGGAAAACUGCAAAGCGUUAAAUUACAACAUACCGCUGGCGUAUAUUUUUACUGUCGGAGCUGGCAUGUUUAUCACAUGCGUAAUGCUUGUUUACAGCAUAUCUAAAUCACUCGAAAAGAGUUUUCGGGUGUUCAAGACCGCUGGCGACCUGGCUUUAAAGGUGUUCUGCUCUUGGGAUUUUAAAGUCAUCAAGAAACGGUCUGUAAAGGUGCAGUCGGUGAACAUCUGCAUUCAGCUGAAGGAGAUGCUGUCUGAGCUCAGCUGCAAAAAAACGAAGAAGAACUUGUGUUUAACUUCUCACUGGUUGGGUGUGCACUUUUUGGUAUGGCUCAUUUGCCUCCUCUGCAUAGGAGCAAGCAUUCCGGCCGUUUACUUCUUACACCCUUACAUUGACCUGGGCAGUUUCGAGGGGAGCUCUUUUCAGAGCACCGUUGAUUUGCUGAAGCUGCCUUUUGUGGUGUCUUGCGUCAGUCAUCUGCUGCCUGUUUUCUUCAACGUGAUAUCCAGGGCAGAGCAAUACAACUCUCCGAACACUCAGAUUUAUGUGUCCAUUUUAAGGAACCUGUUGUUGAAGGGCUGCAUUUUUAGUGUAUUGUGUUACUACUGGCUCAAGAAAGUUUCUGAAAAGAAGAAUCGAGAAAAUAAAUGGCAGUGCUGGGAGACGUUGGUUGGUCAAGAGCUUUACCGUUUGGUUUUAAUGGAUCUGUUCAUUUUCGUGACGUACAUCGUCUUCGCAGAGUUUCUGUGGGGGCUGUGUGUUAGAAACGUCACAUUGAGAAGAAGAAAACUCAAAUUUGACAUUGCACGAGAUGUUCUGGAGCUCAUCUACGGUCAAACGCUUGUGUGGUUUGGUGUGCUGUUUUCACCUGUGUUGCCUGCGGUUCAAAUCGUGAAACUGAUUCUACUGUUCUACUUUAAAAAGACGAGUUUCAUGAUAAACUUUCAACCUCCCAAGAAACACUGGAGGGCCACUCAGAUGAACACAGUCUUCAUCUCGCUUCUGUUUUUCCCCUUCUUCACUGGGGCCCUUGCAUGUGUCAUUUAUGCAAUGUGGAGGGUCAAGCCCUCAUCAGAUUGCGGGCCCUUCGUUAACGUCCAGAACAUGCUUCUAUUAGGCAAGAAGUGGAUCUCGAGCCUGGGUGAAUCAAACCAAAAUAUGUUUUGGCUCAGCUGGGCUUAUAAUAACCUGGUGGAUAACCCUUUGUUCCUCUUCAUCACGGCAAUCCUGUUGCUAGCCAUUAUAUACACACACAUGCAAGUUUUGGAUGGCCAAAAGAUGAUAAUUGCUAAGUUAGAAGAGCAAAUAGACAAUGAGGGUGAAGAUAAGAAGUUCCUUAUAACUAAACUGCAGGAACUCAAUGAGGCGAGUGCUCAGCAGUAAGGCUCUGUUUCCUUGAUUUCGUCACCCGCUGAAUACUUGUUUGAUCUAGGAAGGCUGAAUUCUACAGAAAUUAACUCAACCUGAGAAACCAGUGGUGCGUCUUAUUUAAAGCUGCAUAUUGCUCUGUCAUUUAGUCAUAUA